AUGAGGUUCCAUGCAGCAGAAGCGUCUCUCAGAAAAUAUGCCAACAACUACUUCCACUACCAUAUAGCAGCGCGAGUGUCAGCCCAUCCCUGUCCAGUGAAUGAGCAUGAGGUCAAGUUCAUCUACGAUAAUCUUCAAAAAGUCGCUCCAAUUGAGUACUUUCGUUUCUCAAAAGGUUCGAUGGGAAACCCAUACGGAACUCAAUUAAAGGUGAUUUUCAGUAGCGGUGUUACCCACUUAAAUCCUUACGAUGAUAUAAAUAAAGUAUUCUUGCCAGAAGAGUUUGUAAGUGUGCCUUCUACAGACUCGCAAUAUACCGAGGUUCUUCAGUUUCAACAACUGCAAAUUUGCAACAAAUUACAUUCUAUAUGUGCCAUUCCUCGACAUAGUUACAUCCAGAAUCUUGCUGGUUACUUGAAAGGUGCCGAAGCCCUUCCAUACAAGUAUCAAUUAAUACGAAACCAGUCGCAAUUCAACAAUUUUUCCGUCUCGGAUUCGUCCGUUGAACAACCAUUUUGCAUUAUAUCAGCCGGAGAAAAAAAAAUCGACCCAAAAACCUGUGAAACUUUCAAAGAAAGCAUAAGACACAACUUUGAAAAGUUUCAUAAACUACAAUUUGCAAUUGACGUGGGUUCAGAUGCCGUGCGUCAAUUAACGAUCUAA